AAAAUUCCAUCUAAAUUUAUUAAACAUAUGGAAGGAAAGACAUUUGGAACAGCUUCACUAGUAGGUCCUAGUGGGAAUACUUGGCAUACGGAGUUGAUUCAGCAUGCUGAUGGUUUAUUUUUCCAUGAUGGCUGGUCGGCAUUUGUGAGAGAUCACUUCCUAGAAUGCGGUGACUCUUUGGUUUUCAGACAUGAUGGUAAUUUGAAAUUCACAGUGCAAGUUUUUGAUCUAAAUUCAUGUGAAAAGGAAGAAGCAUUUAUUGCCAAAUGCAGUCAAGAUCAGGGCGAAUGUGAUAAUCAAACUGGAAAGAGGAGGGAAAGGGAAAACACAGCUUUAGUGGAUAACAUUGUCGAAGGUAUUCCUAAGAAAAUGAGAAGUUCUGAAGUUCAUUUUGAAUGCACGACCAAGAACCAGGAAGCCACUAUGGAAAUAACUGAAAAGCAAGGACACCUGCUUGAAGAAGUAGGAUCCAUGGGUGAAAGAUGUCAAACAGCCAGCAUUUUGAAUGCAACUGAGAGUUGCAGUAGCCCGUUGAAGAAUUUCGUCACCCUUGCUGUGCCAUCUCAGUCACAAGUUCUGAGUGAGAAUUCAGGGGCAAAUAUUAAUCAUUGGACCAGCAAAGAAGAUACACUGAUGUCGGCUGCUGAAGCAGACAAAGUAGCUCGAUCAUUUGCUUCCUGUUUCCCUAAUUUUAUAAAGGUUAUGAAAAUGUUCAACAUAAGUGGUUCAUACACUCUGAACAUCCCGUAUCAGUUUUCUAUGGCACACCUUCCGAAAUGCAAAGUAAAGAUUGUUCUCCGUAAUUCAAAAGGAGAAAGUUGGACUGUUAAUUCUAUCCCGACUACAAGAGUGCAAACAUCACAUACUUUCUGUGGAGGGUGGUUGGGCUUUGUUCGGGAUAAUAACCUUAAAAUGGGAGAUAUCUGCAUAUUUGAACUACUGCGCAAGUGUGAACUGCGUGUGCAGAUUCUCAGGGUUGGAAAGGAAGGGCUGGAUUGUAAAAGUGGCAAAGUGAAACAUAUUAGUGCAUUAAAGAGCUCUGUAUCAAAGGCUUGCAAACGAAAAUCAGUGCCCCAGAAGAAAAACAGCUCACAAGACAAACAGACUUCUCAUGCUAAGGGUUGUAUGUCAAUGAAAUCGGCACCAGAAGAAAAAAUUGCUGCUGAGUCUUUUAUUUCAAAGUUUCCUCAUUUUGUGAGAAUUAUGAAAAAAUUCAACAUCGGCGGUUCAUACACUCUGAAAAUCCCAUAUCAGUUUUCUAUGGAACACCUCCCAAACUGCAAGACAGAGAUUGUCCUUCGCAAUUUAAAAGGAGAGAGUUGGACUGUCAAUUCGAUUCCAAGUCAAAGAGUGCAAACAUUACAUACUUUCUGUGGAGGGUGGAUGGCAUUUGUUCGUGAUAAUGACCUCCAGAUGGGAGAUAUAUGCAUAUUUGAGCUUGUUGGCAAAUGUACAAUGAGAGUGCACAUAUCUGGCCUUGGAAAGAAAGGGCUAGAAGCAGCUUCUAAUGAAUUAGCUGCUGGCUCUUUUCCAGGCAAUCAUGCUUCGCUGUGAGAUGCAUGAGAAAGAUCUACCUAGACUGGAAAUAUUGUGAGUGGGCUCUUUUGUACGAUAAGGGCAGCUUUUGCUUACUCGAGCUUAAUGCAAUACCAGAUCUUUAUCAGCCUAAGUAUUAUGAACGAAGUGGUGAAGGGGGUGACUAAAACUUCUGAUCAGGUUGGGUGCAAUCCUUGUAUCUGUUGUUUCUAUGGUAUAUAUCAUCUUUUAAGCUUUGUGCUGUACAACUUUCUGUUUGUAGUAUCAUUGAGAAUUUUAAUUACCUGUUGAAAUGUGGUCAACUACUUUUGUGCAUGAAAUUCAUCCCAGCUUUUUGUUCGAAUCUGUUUGAAACUUUUAUGUGAUAUAUGUAUUCUAGCGCACACACAGGAACAGAUAUCAGCUUUUUUUAAGCAUUCAUAAAGCACCUGGAAAUAUAAGCGAUUUUGUAGCUAAGAACUUUGAGCUUUGUGCAGAUGAGAGGUUGGGUUGGUUUUCUUUCAACAAGAUGGUUCUGACUUCUCCAAUGGAGAAAUUUGAAUGUUUUUUUGUGGAAAUAUUGUGGAGACAGAUCAUUACUGUUAUCAUUUAAAACUCAAGCAUGGGUUCCGGAACACCUGGCAUUUGAGCUUUCUUUCGAUCAAUCUACCCUCUUUUUGUUGAGGGAAGAGGGAAAAGGGGGGUUUGUUUGUGGACAGUGGAACUUGAGAAACUUGCCUGGUUAUUUUUCUUAUUAGCUGAAUCUGAGUAAUCACAGCAGAUUCAAGUGUAUUCUUUUUGUCUAUGGUGCCCAGGCAUUCUUUCUAUGUUAUGGGAGAGGUGUGGCCAGGUUGGCUGAUUGGUCAGUGUUGAAAUUUAAGCACCUUUUCUAAGGUUGCUGGGCAAAUCCUCAUAGUUUUGUAUAGUUUUCGGAAAUGCCAUUUGUUUCAUUGUCAUUAUUAGGUGAUUUUUGUGUUAUAUACACCAGAUGGCAGAGCCAGUUGGUGUACAUAGCAUAAAUUAUUGUACAAUCUCAAUGAACUGUUCUCACUCG